AUGCAUGAAACAAUGAUGAAGAUGAAUGAAAAAAUUAAUUUCUUGGAAGAUCAACUUCUUUCCGUUUUUAAUUCAAUAAAGAAAGCUUUACUAGAAUAUAUCAAUGAAAACGAUAAUAUUAAUAAUAAUAAUAAUAAUAAUAGUAAUAAUAAUAAUAAUAAAAAUAAUAUAGCUGCAAAUAUGGAUAAUAAAAUAAUUAGUCCUAAUAUCAUAAAUCAUCAACAACAACAACAACAACAAAAACAAAAACAACAACAACAACAACAAAAUAAAUUUAAUGUAAAAAGAGCAAUACCUAGUCAACAAGGUGAUGAUAAUGAUAGGGAUGAUAAUGAGGACGACGAUGAUAUAAUUAGUCAAAGUCUUUUUAAAAAAUCAAAGAUGGUUUGUAAUGAUGAUAUUAGUAGUGAUGAUAUUAAUUGCAGAAAUAGCGAAAAUAACAAUGGUAAUAAUAAUUAUAACGGAAAUAUUAAUGAAACAACUAUUACUGCAACCACUUCAACAAUCACCACAGAAAAAGAUCUCCAAAUAAAACCCAUAAAUACUGAAAUGGACAUUGAUAAUGAUAACUCUAAUAUUUGCAAUAAUUUUUAA